GUAUGGCCCUACCAUAAUUUUGUCCACAUUUGUACCCAGAUACAUGUCCACAUUCGAUGUAUCUGAAGACAACCCACGUACGAUGAUGCUAAACAGGAAGAAAUCUAUCAGUAAACAUUUGUGUUUAUCUUAUUAACUGCUAAGUGAUAACACAAAUCAGAGCAAGUGUGCGGUGAGAGAAGAGACAUGGAAGACAUAGACCCAGCUUUCAUACAAUCCACAGAACACCGUGCCAACAACCACAAGAAGUUGGUGGAAGUUGUUGAAAUUCCAGUCAUAGACAUGUUGCAAAGCAGGGAAGAACUUAUCUCCAAGAUUGGAAGGGCAUGCGAGGAGUGGGGAUUCUUCCAAGUAACCAAUCAUGGGGUUUCCUCUGAGGUGAGCUCAAGAGCAGAGGCUGCUGCGAAGAUGUUCUUCGAGCAAAGCGCGGAGGAGAAGAGGAAAGUGAAACGAGAUGAAGUGAAUGCGAUGGGGUACCAUGAUGGAGAGCAUACCAAGAACGUAAGGGAUUGGAAAGAGGUGUUUGAUUAUCUUGUUCAGAACUCAGCACAAGUUCCACUCAUUGAGUCCCAUGAAAAAGAGCUCAGGACUAUUACCAACCAAUGGCCUCAAUCCCCUCCUGAUUUCAGGGAAGCAUUGGAGGAAUAUGCAAGGGAGGUGGAAAAGCUAGCAUACAAGUUGUUGGAGCUGAUUUCAUUGAGCUUGGGGUUGGCUGGUGACAAGUUCCAUGGUUGCUUCAAGGACCAGCUAAGCAUGGUGAGGCUCAAUCACUAUCCUCCAUGCCCGUUCCCUGAUCUAGCUCUCGGUGUCGGCCGCCAUAAGGAUAGCGGUGUCUUAACCGUGCUUGCCCAAGAUGAUGUUGGAGGCCUGCAAGUUAAGAGAAAAUCAGAUGGUGAAUGGAUCCCAGUUACACCAACCCCAGGAGCAUUUAUCAUCAAUGUUGGGGACAUGGUUCAGGUUUGGAGCAAUGACAAGUAUGAAAGUGUGGAGCACAGAGUGGUGGUGAACACAGAGAGAGAAAGGUUCUCCAUUCCAUUCUUUUUCUUGCCAUCUCACAUGGUUAUGGUGAAGCCUGUGGAGGAGUUGGUGAAUGAGAAAAACCCUCCAAGGUAUAGAGAAUACAACUGGGGUCACUUCUAUGCUCACAGAAACCGCACUGAUUUCAAGAAGCGUGAUCUGGAGAAUAUCCAAAUUUAUCACUUCAGAAUUUUGGAUUAGGAGUAGUAAUUUCAUCUAUGUAUUUAGCUUCACAUAUGUUGUAUUUGCUUCUUUUCAAAAAUAGUCCAUAAAUAAAUUUAGAAUUAAACCUUC